CAGUAAUCGGUGACAGUGGAUCUAUAAGCAUGGACGAGUUAUAGAUUGCAGAACUUAGUUCUUGGGAACAAUAUUUAUUUGAUUAAAUUUUCGGCAAAAAUUCAUUUUACUACUUGUACUGCUUUUCUUGACUUGAAGUUCUAUGGCAUGGAUACAGAUGUUUAGAGUGUUUCAUUACAAUUUUGCUACAAUCUAUUAGAGCGAAAAGCAUGAGACAUGCAUGCCAGGAGUAUAACAGAUCACAUGGUCAAGUCUCAUCAAAAGCUAGGAGUUUAAAAAAGAACAGGAAGGAAAAACAGUGAAUUACAAUGAAACCAACCAAACUGAGAGAACCUGAGAAUGGGACACAAAAGAAAAUAUCUGCAUUUUUCAAGAGGCCAGGAUCAGAGCAGCCACCAAGCAAACUAUUCUCAAGUAUUGGUGUAUCAAGCUUACAGAAAAAAGACAACCUACCGGAAAUACUCAACAAAUCUUCUGCCAGAAGAAAUCCAGCUAGUUGCCGUGGAAGCAGUGAAAGACUUAGUGGACCUUCCGCAACCUGCUCUUCUAGUAAUUACAGUGAAGGAAAAAGAAAAUUAGUUUGCAGGUCUAAUUCAGAAAGCCAGUGUUUGACAGUGUUGAAGGAUGUGGCUGCAACCCAUGCAGUUGCACACUCCACUCCACAGAAGUCAGUGCAAGACAGUACUGACUUGCUCUGCAGUCCUGAAAUUUUAAUCAUUCCUGAUACUCCAGAGGACAGGCUUUAUAAAAGCAAGACUGCAUUGAAAGCCGUAGCCAUCAGCCGAAGUUUUUUACGCCCCGUUUCACUUCUGACAACAAUGCCAGGGAAGAAAACUGUCUCUCCAAAGUCAAAGGUGAAGCGAGUUUUGAAAAAGCCAGCAGGAAUAGUAACUGUAGAGUUUGGAGAGCAUGGGGCUAGCAUCCUGUCUAAAACACUGGAGGGAGGACAUAGAGUCACUAAGAGUCUAGAAAAAAAGGGACAGCAAAGUUCAUCAUCUAUCUGUGCUACUGAUUCCUCAUUCAAAGGACAGCUUAACAUGAUCACAGCACUUGAAGUAAACUUAGAUCAGCAAAAUAUCACUGAAAAUCUCAAGGAGACAUAUGAUGACACAUCUUUAAAUCUGUGUCCAGAAACUGUUUUUGAAGAACAUUUAGUAAAUAAUAAUGAAAAGCAGGCAAAUACACCUGAGAAGCUGUAUUCUGAUGGCAAGAACACAAAACGUAUGGCAAAGUCAGGUAUUUCACCUGUUGCAAAACGGAAUAGCGGUGGCAAAAUUGAAGAAGGGUGUGGUUCCAGUCGAGUGAUUAAGGCAAAGAGGCAGCUUAUUGCCAUGGCAGGGUUUACAGAUGUGAAGCAAAUAGACAAUCAUGUGAAUAGUUACCAGAUUUCAGGAUCCUCUAAAGCAAGCACAAAGGAGGCAAGUAUAUCUUGCAAAGAUGAUAACAUCCUGGUAGAACUCCUAGAAGAGCUGACACCAUUUCCCAUGGUGCCUCAGUCAUUAUGUACAAAGGGGAAACAUGCACAAACAGCAGCAGGUUCUAGACAAUUGUGUUCGGUGAGUGGUCCCAAGGAAAAAGAGAACAAAAGCUUGCAGUCAGUGGCUGCAACAGCAAAUGCCUAUGGGUAAACCUAAUAAGAACUUGCUCAAUAUGGAUUUGGAACUAGCUCAGGAGCAGGAACAUCAUGAAACAAUGUUGCCCAAAUCGUGUUUGGAAUCAUCAUCAGAUGGCUGUUCAGUAUCUUUCAAACGCUGCAGUACAAAUUCAGAUAUUUCAAGCAGUCAUUUGCCUGGUCAUAAUAUUUCAGUUUUGUCUGAUGCGUUGACUGAUAUGGAGAUGAAAUAUUUUGAGCUAAGUGGUGAUGCACUCAGUCUACCUCCUGUGAGCAUGCAAGAACCUGGAUCACCUGAUGCAAACCCUUAUAAGAUUGUGACCCAUUUGACUUCUUCCAAAUCCAAGAAAUAUGGCACACAAGAGAAGGCAGCUGAAAAAUCAUCCGAGCAGAUCAUUUACAGAGCUCUGGAACAGAUUUACUGUUUGUGCUGUUUCACGAGAUUCGAAUUAUGACCUUCAUUUGGAACUUGCCAAGGCUGGUGACGAAGAAGUGAAGUACAAGUGCAUCUUGCAAGAAUUUUGCCUUCUGUUGUUUGUCAGAUACACAUGUACAGCCAGGGGACAUUGUCAAUAUCCUAGUGACAGAGGUCAGUCUGUUGAAAAUGAAAGAAAUGUAAUGAUUGUCAACAACAGUUCUGGACAGAUUGUUGUUAACCCAGAUUUGCUGCUGUCUGGAACAACCAUUGUUUCUGGAGUUCACUGCUUAAGAAGAUCUGUUUUGAAUGAAAAAUUCAAGGGUUUAGAUGGCAAAAACAACCACAUGCUUUAUGGCAAUCGUGGCAUAGCUGUGAAAAAUCAAAUACUAAAUAGAGAUGACAUCAUGUCUACAGCAGAGAUGAUUGUACAGUCACCAAAGUUUCUGCAUGAAAUGUAUGGGCAAGGAGUAAGGGAAUCUCAAGUCCUGUGUGAAGUGCAGUCUUACAUUGAACCACUUCAGACAUGGCAGAAGCAACAUGUGGAUGUGACUGAUAACUCUCAAAGACCUGUCUCAGAAGUAAGUGUAGUUAAAAUACACGACAUUGAAGAGACCAUUUGGUCACCAAGAUAUGGUAUCAAAGGCAAAAUUGACAUGACUGUUGAAGUGAAGCUUGGGAAAAAACCUGGACAGGUAAUUAGGAAAGUUUUGCCUCUGGAGUUGAAGACAGGGAAAGCUUCUUACUCUGUGGAACACAAAGGGCAGGUAACACUUUACUCUCUCAUGACAUCAGAUCGCCGUGAUGAUCCAGAAGAGGGAUUACUUUUGUACCUGAAGCAGCCAGAUAUGAAAGUAAUUCCUGUUAAGGCAGAAAACAAACAAGGUUUGCUACAGCUUCGUAAUGAGAUGGCUCACUACUUAAGUCGCCAGACCAUCAAAACUGUUGAAGAUGAUGGUCACGCAAAUUACCGUAUAGGUCACCUGCCAAACCCAAUCGAUAACUUGAGGUCAUGCAGCAAGUGUCCUCAGCUGCUUACCUGUACCAUUUUCCAAAGAAGUGCAGAAGAGCUUCAGCUGGCUGAAAACCAUGCUAUGAGGAAGCUGCUACCUGACACUUUGGCCCUGUCUUCCACCCAUCUGCAAUACUUCACACACUGGUUUCUAUGUAUGGAACUUGAACAGGCAGUGAGCAGUCAAAAGGGCAUCAGUGGCAUAUGGUGUCUUUCCAGUGCAGAAAGAGAGCAUCAGGGAGAUUGCCUGCAGCAGAUGGUGAUUUCGAGCACGAUUCUAGGAGUGCCAGAGUCACAGAGCUUCACCGAAGGCAAGGGAUGCUGCGUCCGAUUUCAACGCAGACCAGGAUUUUCAGGUUGUGCCAUAAACACUGUUGGAAUCAACAAGAAUGACUCAGUUGUGAUCAGUUCUGAAGAUGGCCGCCUUAUUGCACUGUCAACAGGCUUUAUCAAAGACGUGUCCGAAGAUGCUGUAGAUAUAGUGGUAGACAGGGAUAGUUUCCAUGACAACAAAGAAUUUCGGACUGAAGUGUUCCGUAUUGAUCGUUGUGAUACAUACAGUUCAGCCAAUUACCUUAUGUCUAACUUGGCCCGAUUGAUGGAGUCCAACCCUCACAGUGAAAAAUUAAGGUCACUUGUCAUAGACAGGAAGAAGCCAGAAUUCAGCCUGACUUUGUCCAAGGCAGCUGUGGGGAGAGUGAAAAAUAUUUUUCGACCCCUAAACAAGCCACAGAAAACAGCCAUUUUGAAGGUACUAAUGUGCAAAGAUUAUGCAUUAAUAAAAGGCUACCCAGGAACAGGGAAGACAUCAACCAUUGUGAGUUUGGUAAAAAUUCUGAAAGAGCUUGGACACUCUGUACUGUUGACCAGCUAUACUCAUUCUGCUGUAGACAACAUUUUGCUUAAACUGAAGGAGGAUAAUGUUCCAUUCCUACGCCUGGGCAGAUCUAGCCGUGUUCAUCCACACCUUCAGAAUUUUGUUGCUGAAAACUUGACUCUAAAUAUCAAGUCUGUCAGCGAACUGAAAGAAUUUUACAGCUCAUAUGCAAUAGUCGCGACAAGUUGUCUGGGCAUCAAUCAUCCUGUGUUCCAGCAGCGUAAGUUUGACAUCUGCAUUGUUGAUGAAGCAUCUCAAAUUCUACAGCCAGCAUGUCUUGGCCCUCUCUUUCAUGGAAAGUUUAUACUGGUUGGAGAUCUGCACCAAUUACCACCAGUGGUGCAGAGUACAGAAGCCAGGUCCUUGGGCAUGGAGGAAAGUUUGUUUUCACGUCUUGAUGGAUCUGGUGCCACAUACGAGCUCUGUCUACAAUACAGGAUGAAUAGUACCAUAGUACAGCUGGCCAAUGAUUUGGUGUACAAUGGCGCCUUGCAGUGUGGUUCACCUGCUGUUGGAUGUGCAACAGUGCAACAUGUCCCAGUUCCUCUUACUAACACUCCAGAAUGGAUGAAGGUAGUCCUGGACUCAUCUCUGGCUAAAGCUGUCGUCUUUUUAGACACCAGGCAGAUAUCAGCACCUGAAAUUUCAGAUGGACAAGGCUUUUGGAACAAAGUGGAGGCAUCUAUAAUUGUUAACAUUUGUCACUUAUUUCUACAGGCCGGCGUGCGUGCCAAAGACGUGGGUGUGAUCGCGCCGUAUCGGGCACAAGUGCAGCACCUCCGGAGACUAGCUAGUCAGCAGCAGCCACUGAAGGGCCUGGAGAUCAACACAGUGGACCAGUACCAGGGCCGGGACAAGGCCAUCAUCCUUGUCUCCUUCGUGCGCAGCUGCGCUGGUGGCGGAUCUGUCGGCAAGUCUGGGCUUCUUCAGGAUGUUCGCCGCCUCAACGUUGCCCUGACGCGAGCCAAACACAAGCUGGUACUGGUGGGCAACACCCAAACUUUGUCACAGUACCAGCCUCUGCGGACAUUGCUGAACAGUCUGCAGGAGAGACAGCAAAUCAUUUGCUUACCAGUUGACGCGUGUUCCUCUUCACCUGCCAGGCACCAUGACAAAGUAUAAGGGCUAUCAAAGAAAAAUACUUGAAGAAUCUCGCAACACUGAUGUGCCUGCUUUGAUCUCAGUAGUUAGAAAAAAGCAGUUUGAAGGCGAUGUCAAUAGUUUUCAACAGUGCAUGGUUUAUGCAUGCAGUGCUUGUUAGCUUUUCUUAUACGUUCAUUUUUGAGUUAAACUAAAUUAUUCUGGAUGUGGGUAUCAGGGAUAUGAAACAACGAUUUUUCUUUAGCACUGAGCUCUCUUUUGUGUUUUACUUGUUUAAUUUACAGGCAAAGUCAUAAAUCAAGAAAUAAAAUUGUGUGCUCGAGUAUAUUUUUACCACAAGGAGGGUUUCUUCAUUUUCUGUUUCAUUGAGAUUUUGGCACAUACAUCGUAAUAUUCUUUCUUAUGAUAUUAAUAAAUUAUUAUGUCAAAA